ACGCUCACUCAGCCAUCCACGUCUUUUGUGCCAUCUCCUUCGUAAACUCAAGCCAAAAUGAGUCGCUCAGGCAUCAACCCUGGCGAUGCUAAGCUGCACUUCGAGUCGUCGGAAUCGGUAAAGGUAGCCCCAACCUUCGAUGCCCUCGGCCUCAAGGAGGACCUCCUACGAGGAAUCUACGCCUACAACUUCGAGAAGCCAUCUGCUAUCCAACAACGAGCCAUCCUUCCCAUCAUCCGCGGCAGAGAUGUCAUUGCUCAAGCCCAAUCGGGAACGGGUAAGACGGCCACCUUCUCCAUCGGCAUGCUCCAGUCCAUCGAUACGACGCUGCGCGAUUGCCAGGCGCUAGUCCUCAGCCCUACGCGCGAGCUGGCUACGCAAAUCCAGAGCGUAGUCCUCGCCCUGGGAGACUAUAUGAAUGUGCAGUGUCAUGCGUGUAUUGGUGGGACGAGCGUCGGAGAUGACAUCAGGAGGCUGGAGCAUGGGCAGCACGUCGUCUCUGGAACGCCCGGCAGGGUCUUUGAUAUGAUCAAGAGACGACAUUUGAGGACCAAGAAUAUCAAGAUGCUCAUUAUGGACGAGAGCGACGAGUUGCUGGGCAUGGGAUUCAAGGAGCAGAUCUACGACAUCUACCGAUACCUGCCGCCAGCUACGCAGGUGGUCGUGGUCUCUGCUACUCUCCCUCAGGAUGUCCUGGAGCUCACUACUAAAUUCAUGACGGACCCUGUGCGCAUCCUCGUCAAGCGUGACGAGCUGACCCUGGAGGGCAUCAAGCAAUUCUUCGUCGCUGUGGAGAAGGAGGACUGGAAGUUCGACACCCUCUGCGAUCUUUACGACACGCUGACGAUCACCCAAGCGGUCAUCUUCUGUAACACCCGCCGCAAAGUCGACUGGCUCACCGAGAAGAUGCGCGAGAACAACUUCCAAGUGUCGAGCAUGCACGGCGAGAUGCAGCAGAAGGAGCGAGACGCAAUCAUGUCCGAAUUCAGACAAGGAUCAUCCCGAGUCUUGAUCACGACGGAUGUGUGGGCAAGGGGGAUCGAUGUGCAGAAUGUGAGCCUGGUCAUUAAUUAUGAUCUGCCGCUGAAUAGGGAGAACUACCUGCAUAGGAUUGGAAGGUCGGGAAGAUUUGGGAGAAAGGGAGUUUCGAUCUGCUUUGUUACCGUGGAUGACGUGAGGAUUUUGCGGGACAUCGAGCAAUUCUACUCAACAACCAUCGACGAGAUGCCCGUCAACCUCCAAGAUAUGGUCUGAUCCAGCCCAAAGGAUCUUGCGCUUCGCUACUUUGUACAAUAUAUGCCAUUCACUUGAGAAGCCAGCUUGCCCCUUUGCUCUUUUUGCGCGUGUCCACCGCGGUGAUCCAGGCGGAACGAUCGCCAUCAGUUGGGAGUUGUGCUGGGGGGGUCAAGGGUCAGGAGGUGUGAAGGG